CGGAGAAGAACAUUCUGUAUAGACGCAGAAAAUUUGAUCCCAAAUUCUCCGGCGACGGAGCUCUUUCCCUUUCUGUAUAAAUCCACUAACUGAAAGAGCUCCUUUUUCCUUUUUAAGUGUAUAAUAAAGCUAAGGGUUUUAGGUUUCACCGCAGAGCCAUGUCUGCUAUCAACCGAUCUUCCAGCACCCCGUUGAAGAACGGCGGCCUCCCUCCUCAAGAGCUUCUUGACGAUCUCUGCAGUCGGUUUGUUUUGAAUGUACCAAAAGAAGAUCAACAGUCAUUUGAGAGAAUUUUAUUCCUCGUCGAGUAUGCACAUUGGUUCUAUGAAGAUAAUUCAGUGGAAAAGAAUCCCUCACUGAAGUCGUUCAAUCUAAAGGAAUUCACAUCCUUACUGUUUAACAGUUGUGAUGUAUUGAGACCUUAUGUUGCUCACAUAGAUGACAUAUUUAAAGACUUCACUUCAUACAAGGUUCGAGUUCCUGUAACUGGAGCAAUCAUUUUGGAUGAAACCUUUGAAAGGUGCCUGCUAGUGAAGGGUUGGAAAGGGACGAGCUGGAGUUUUCCACGGGGCAAAAAGAACAAAGAUGAGGAAGACCAUGCAUGUGCCAUCAGAGAAGUUUUGGAGGAAACAGGUUUUGACGUUUCAAACCUUCUCAACAAAGAGGAAUGCAUUGAAGAGAUGUUUGGACAGCAGAGGGUGAAGCUUUACAUUAUUGCUGGCGUGAAGGAUGACACUGCCUUUGCACCACUUACGAAAAAGGAGAUCAGUGAAAUUGCAUGGCAACGACUUGAUGAACUGCAGCCAGCAAGUGAUGCUGUAAUAUCUCGUGGGAUCACUGGCCUCAAGCUUUACAUGGUUGCCCCAUUUUUAGAGUCCUUGAAAUUGUGGAUUUCAAAGCAUCAGCCCCCUGUAGCUCCAAGACCUGAUAUGCCUAUCAAAGGCAUGUGUGUGUGGAAAGCCAAGAACACUUCCAUAGGGAGUGGCACUAGCACAACAAUAGUUGAUACCCAAUCAACUAAGCCUGGAACUGAUGCUCAUCCUCCUGAUGCUGGCCCUGGCAAAAGCUUUAGAAAUUUUAGAUUUGACACUGCUGGAAUCUUGCGAGCAAUGGAAGCUGGGUUUUCUUCCUGACGAUUGGCAAUGGUAACUCUUUGUAGAUGCUCCAUGGUUACAUAGAUGGGUUAGUGUUUCUUAUGUAUCACCAAGCAGCUGUAAUCAUCUUCAUGUCAACUAGCUGUGCUUGAUGUAUAUGAAUUGUGUCGGUAUUUGGCGGUUGGGUUUAGUGUAUAUCCUGUACAGAAGCCCUUUUUGUGUCAGAGAGUGUUUUUGUCAAAUUUUCUUAGUACAUUGCACUGAACUGCAGAUCCUUUUGCCACAAAAGCCAAGUGACUUGCUAUUGGCUGUUGUCCUUGUCUCUGGGUUUAGAUUCUCAAUCAUGUGUAAGAGUACUAUGUCAUCCGUAAACCUAUUGUUGUGUUGCUUCUUUA